AUGGAUCAGUCUAAUAAAGAGCAUCGCAAGAAGAGCGAGAAGGCUACGGCCAAAAAGAAGCUCCAUACGCAAGGUCACAAUGCGAAAGCGUUUGCCGUUGCAGCGCCGGGCAGAAUGGCGCGUAACAUGAUGCGUUCGAGCGACGUCAACGAGCGCAAGCUGCACGUUCCCAUGGUGGACCGUACUCCUGAAGACGAUCCCCCUCCUGUGAUUGUGACCGUGGUAGGCCCGCCCGGUACUGGUAAAACCACGCUGAUCAAGUCUUUGGUGAGAAGAAUGACCAAGUCUACCCUGUCUGAAGUGAACGGACCUAUAACAGUGGUGUCUGGUAAGCGCCGGCGGCUGACUUUCAUCGAGUGCCCUGCUGACGACUUGAAUUCCAUGAUCGACAUCGCCAAGGUGGCUGACCUCGUGCUGCUUAUGAUCGACGGUAACUUUGGGUUCGAGAUGGAGACCAUGGAGUUUCUCAACCUGGCACAGCACCACGGUAUGCCACGUGUUCUGGGUGUGGCCACGCAUCUCGACCUUUUCAAGUCGCAAUCCACGCUGAGAGCCACCAAAAAGAGGCUCAAGCACAGGUUCUGGACCGAAGUUUACCAAGGUGCUAAGCUGUUUUAUCUUUCAGGUGUUAUUAAUGGACGUUACCCAGAUCGUGAGAUUCUGAACCUUUCGCGUUUUAUCUCUGUCAUGAAGUUUAGGCCCUUGAAAUGGAGAAACGAACACCCUUAUCUUCUAGCAGACCGUAUCACUGAUAUCACGCAUCCAGAGCUUUUAGAGACGCAGGGCAAGCAAAUCGACAGAAAAGUGGCUAUUUAUGGUUACUUGCACGGUACUCCGCUGCCAUCCACCGCUGGGGCUAGAGUACAUUUGGCUGGUGUCGGUGACUACUCAAUCUCGCAUGUUGAGAAGUUGCCUGACCCAUGUCCUACGCCCUACUUCCAACAAAAGCUCGAUGAGUAUGAGAGGGAGCGGGUGAAAGAGCAGGGAGCCGGCACAACCGGUGCACCCCGCAGGAGAAAGAGAUUAGAUGACAGACAGAAGUUAAUAUAUGCUCCAAUGUCUGAUGUUGGCGGUGUUCUGAUGGAUAAAGACGCGGUUUUCAUCGAUGUUGGCGGGAAAAAACCAGGCGAUGGGCCUAGUUUUGUGCCCGGUCAAGAAAAAGGUGAAGGCGAAAGGCUGGUAACAAGUUUGCAAUCCGUCGAGAAGAGUAUCAGCGAAAACUUUGACGGGGUGGGCUUGCAGCUUUUCAGCAACGGGCAAGAGCUCCAUGAAGCUGACAGCGAUGGUGAAAAUAGUGUAUCAGAGGAUGAAGGAGACUCUAAUAAAGACGGGGGCCGUAAAUCUUUGAGAAAGCCUAAAAUUUAUGGCAAAUCUAUCCAAGAAGAGGACGAGGAAAUAGAUAAUUUGGAAUCAGAUGAGGAAAUGGAGGCUGGUGCAUCAGAUGAUGACAGACCAAGACAAAGACGCCUGGUCGAGGUGGACUUUGACGCUGGGAACGAUGCAUCUGUAAACGCGCACACUGAUUCUGAAUUCGAGCUUUCUGACCAUGAAGAAGAGCUAUGGAAUCGUUCAACGGCCUCUAAGCUUCAAGGGUCCAAGAUAAGGCCAAGAAAGUGGGACAUUGGUAAGCUAAUAUACAUGGAGAACAUCGAACCCUUUGACUGUAUAAAAAGAUGGAAAGGCGAGCUUGAAGACGAGAACGAAGAGUCCGGUGAGCAAAGCGAGGAAGAGGAUUUCUUCAAGCAGGCUGACAAACCCGAAAACAAGAACACUGAAGCCGAAGAUGACCUGGAAAAAUUCAAACCACAUUUUGAGACGUUCAAAAAACUUGCAGCCAAGUGGUCGUCAUUUGACUCUCUCAAAGGGAGGUUCGCUGGAAGGCCAAAUCUGGAACAAAGUUCGGCGGACAACGAUGAAGAUGAUGAGGAACUUUAUGGUGAUUUUGAAGACCUUGAGAACGGGGACCAAGAAGCUGCCUCUGAGCAAGACUCGCAUUCAUCUAACGAGGAUGGUGAUGAUGGUAGUGACGGUGCUGGAAGUGACAACUCUUUUGCCGACUUUGAAAAGGAAGAGAAGAAGGAUUUAACAACAGAUCAAGAAAGAGAGCGUAAUGCUGCUAAAAAGGAAUCUCUUCGACUACAAUUUGAGAUGGAAGAGGGUGAUAACUUUAAGGAAGAUGACCCUGAAAAUGAGUUUGAUACAUGGUAUGAGUUGCAAAAAGCCAAAAUGGCAAAGCAGCAGGAAAUCAAUAACGCAGAGUUAGAGUCAAUGACUCCUGAACAGCGUCAGAAAAUUGAGGGGUUCAAGGCGGGUUCCUAUGUUCGUAUUGUAUUUGAUGCCCUUCCAAUGGAAUUUGUCGAGAACUUCGACGCCAGAUAUCCUAUCAUCAUGGGUGGCUUGUUGCCAACGGAGCUCAAGUUUGGUAUUCUGAAGGCCCGGAUGAGGAGGCACCGCUGGCAUAAAAAGAUCUUGAAGACAAAUGACCCACUUGUAUUAUCUCUGGGUUGGAGAAGGUUUCAGACACUACCAAUAUACACAACCACAGAUUCUAGGACGAGGAAUAGAAUGUUGAAGUACACGCCUGAGCAUUCAUACUGUUUUGCCAGUUUCUAUGGCCCACUAUGUUCGCCCAACACUACCUUUUGUGGUGUUCAGGUUGUAGCCAACAGUGAUACCACAGGCAAUUUCAGGAUUUCAGCCACUGGUAUCAUUGAAGAGAUCGACGCUAGUGUAGAGAUCGUGAAGAAGCUGAAGCUGGUCGGCUACCCUUACAAAAUCUUUAGGAACACGGCAUUUAUCAAAGAUAUGUUUUCUAGUGCCAUGGAAGUUGCGAGGUUCGAGGGUGCGCAAAUCAAAACAGUUUCUGGUAUUCGUGGUGAAAUCAAGAGAGCACUUUCCAAACCUGAGGGCCACUUUAGAGCCACUUUUGAAGACAAGAUAUUAUUAAGUGACAUCAUCAUUUUAAGGAGUUGGUACCCCGUUCACAUCAAGAAGUUUUACAACCCAGUAACUUCUUUGCUUCUAAAGAAUAAGUCUGAGUGGAAGGGGCUGAGACUGACAGGCCAAAUUAGAGCAAGUCAAGGGCUGGAAACACCCACAAAUGCAGACAGUGCUUACAAAAAGGUUGAACGUGUGGAAAGGCGCUUUAAUGGCUUAAAGGUCCCUUCCUCUGUCCAGAAAACGCUGCCUUUCAAAUCCCAAAUUCACCAAAUGAAGCCUCAGAAGAAGAAAACAUACAUGGCCAAGAGGGCGGUUGUGCUGGGAGGGGAGGAGAAAAAGGCCCGCUCUUUUAUGCAGAAGGUGUUCACUAUCUCAAAUGCGAAGGAUGAGAAGAAGAAGGCCAAAAAGCAGGAUGAAAGGAAAGAGCGGUUGAAGAAGCUGGCGAAGAUUGAAGAGACCAAAACCGAGAAAGAAAAGGAACGUAAGAAGAAGUUCUUUUCUGAGCACGGUAAGAAAAGACAGUUCGAUUCAUCCGCUGAUGGUGCAAGCUCAAAGAAAAGGAGGUAG